AUGACAUUGAAAUCAUCACAUAUAAUUAUUCUCUCCACAGUUACACUUUUCCUGCUAUUUUCCAAUACAUUUGUUUAUACAGCCCUGAAUAAUGGUAUUAGUAUUGCCGGCUCGGAUUCGUUGAAUGAUGUCCAACUCUAUCCUCCAAACACCAAUACAUCUUCUAAAGCCGCGUAUGCCACAAAAGCCGAUAUUGAAGUACUUUCGUAUUACCUCUCGGUUCUUCAAGUUGUGGUCAUUAUCAAUUCCGUUCUUAUCGGAUUGCUAUUGUUAAUAGCCUUUACAUUGACUGCUAUUAGAUGUAUGGAAGACUACAAACCAGAUUACGACCACGUGCAGGAUCCACUUUGGCUCAAAGGCUUCUCUAUUACCAAUUCAAUUGUCUCGUUGUUGUUGUGUCAAUGCUUUGCAUUUGCUCGACCAAAGGGCAAGAGAAUCACCGUGUUCAAUGAAGACCAAUGGAGAAAGUGGCACAAACGAGAUUUGGAUCUUCAACGUGGUAUCAUCGAAGAGGAGUAUGUCGAGGACGAGAAGGCUCAACACAAAUAA